UAGAAACAUCGUCGCACCCCAGGAGCAUCACGCCUCUAUCAUGAUCGAUUUUGUUGCCGGCGGGGAAGUCCCAGCCUAUCGUCCAUUCCAAUGCCUCGUCUGCCAAAGCCGGUUUACCCGACAUGAGAACCUUAAGAGACAUGCUGCACUUCACGCACGCUCGCAUGACAAGGCGGCGCUUCCAUGUGGUGUCUGCGAAGUCACUUUCUCACGCCAUGAUUUACGACAUCGUCACAUGAAGAGGAAACACCCAGAGCACAACGAUAGGCGGCCUGUAAAGAAGCCGCGAUACCAGCAGGCGGCAACAACACAAGUGAGUGAUGAAGGGCAAUGUGAGGGAGGAGACGGGGCGCUAUCUCCAUCCUCUGCAACGAGUCGGCGAAGUUCGCCUCCUCAGCAGUCGGGCGAUGAAGGUGAGGUAGAAAUGGAAAGCGGACUAUGGCACACGGAGCUACGGUACGAGCAGUAUCAUGUCGAUCACGGACAUCCUGGCUGCGCAGAAAACAUCUAUCUUCCGACAGGCGCGCCCACCAGCUCCGAAGACGGCAAUAGACCAAUUGUCGCGGCCCAGCUGAUGCCGCAACUGCCCGUGAUCAGGACCGAAUCAACAUGUACCGACGAUAAUGUUCAAGCUGCAGCUGUCAUGGAACAGAACCUGUUGAUGGAAGCGACAUUUCUCAAGCCUCCGCUGCAGUUUAGCACCGCAAUGCAUCCGGUGGCAAUUUCGCCAACAUCUUCAUUUGACAUCCGAUGGCCUAGCUUUGACUUCAAUCAAGAUGUCCCGGAUAGAUUGCUAUCGAAUGACCGCCCCCGGAUACAUGAUGAUUGGUAUCCCUCUGUCUCGCAGGUCACCGAAGGCUGCGAUCUCUUCUUUACCUACGUCUCGCACUUCGUCCCCUUUCUACACCGGCCCACAUUUGAUGCCACACUCGUUGCUCCUCACUUGGUCCUUGCCAUGCUAUCCCUUGGCUAUCAAUACGGCGAGGAUCCAGACCGCAGCGACCAGACAGGCUCAGGCGCCAGCUUAUCAGCGCGAUGCUACCAUCAAGCUCGGAUCCUUAACGCCGCUGAAGAAGAGAGUGCGGAUGAUACGACUCAAAAUAUCCUCGCUGUUCAGACGUAUCUGCUACUUCAGAUCUGUGCUAUGAUGUAUCUAUGUGGUAGUGACUCGACGUAUGGCCUCAGGAUGCACUCCAAGAUGAUUUCCCUUGUUCGGGCUGGAGGACUAAUGCAACCAGUAGCAAUGCAGUCUGGCACAGCAGAAAAUCUAGAGUCACUGUGGCGGGAAUUUAUCAAAGCCGAGUCCCACAAACGAACCCUUUUUGCCGUACACCAGAUCGAUGCGCUCUGGUAUCAGUUCCUGUCCAUCCCCCGAUCCAUCUCGCAUCUUGAAUUCAAGCAUGAGUUGCCCUGCUCGGAGGAUACCUGGGCGGCAUCCACACCCGCCGAGUGGGCGCAUCGGCAGCUUGUUAUGAGGCAUCAAUCUGGGCCAUCAGUGCUGUAUACAGACGCUGUCAGACGGUUCUUAUCCCCCGAAGCGGACCUUGACACCAUUCCAGCAUUUGACCCGUAUGGAGCUAUCAACAUUGCGCAGUUCCUAAUCUCUAGCGCACGUGAAGUAUCUGGCUGGUCUACCAUAACAGGAAAGCUGACAAUGGAGAGAAUCAAGCCUCUGAGGUCAUCACUCAUUGCGCUCAGCCCCUUCAUCCACCAGCAAUCUGGAGCUGGAAACACAACACACGCAGCAUUAUGCGAGGCGACAUGGGAAGCCGCCAUGAUUGAGCUGCAGCUCUGGUCGCCGUCACAUACUAGUGGCAUCGUGGAAGGGAGUAUGGAUGCAGUAUUGAAUAAAUCGGUUUAUCUGGCACCUUCAUGUGAAAUCCUAUGCGAGUCUAACACUACCAAGGCUAUCCAACCCCAUGUUGAUUGGUUCUUGCGCUAUCUAGAUUCAACACUCUCACCUGCCUCUGAGGCACCAUGGAUUGCUUUAUAUGCAUACCGAGCUUUCUUGAUUGCCUGGAACCUCUUACAGGGAAGCAUUUCAGGCGCGAUGCAGGCAAUUAACAUCCGUGACGGUGAUGUGGAGGGAGCUUUGACGUGGGCCAGGAAAGUCUUUCAGCGACGGCAGCACUGGCAACUUGGUAAGCUCGUUUUAUCGAGUUUGGAUGCUCUUGAGAAACAAGUAGCUUCAUGGCUUUAAUUUAGCUGGAAGUAACAAUCUAGAUUCCCUUGUUGGAGAUUUAAUUUCGGCCUAGUAAAUAGUUGACAGAAGGUAUUCUUCGUAUACUAACAUAAGAGCAUAUUUCGAUAUUAAUAUUGUUAGGC